AUGGCGCUUCAGAAGAAUGGUAUGGCUGCUCCAACCUGCAGGCUGACUUUUGGGAAGGGUCUGAGAGCCGGUAAAAGAAAACUUUUCUGCUUCAUUUUGUACGAGCACGAGGUCUCUUUGGGGAAGCGUGAGCUCUUCUGCCACCUUGUGACAGAGAAUGAGAACAGCCCUCAGAGCCUUUCCUACCCCUGCUCCAAGCUUUUUUUUUUACCAGGGAUCUCCCAGUGUAAGGUCUAUCCAGUGAUGGGGGCUUCAUCAGAGACUUUUCCCACCACUACCACCUUCGUAACUCCUGGGAAAAACGGAGAGAAAACUACAAGGAUUGAUGAUUUUUCUAGUCCUCUGAAACAAGACACAGCUGAGGACCUAGAGAAGAGGCAGAAAUGGAGCAUCGUGGUCAAAUUUCUGAUUGCAGUCAUCACCUUGUUGUUCAGUGGAGUUGCCAUUAUAGUGUUCGUCAUUUUUGAAGUCCCAUGCCCUAGUCAAUGCCUAGGAGCCAGAGAGCUAUGCCAAUGCCAGAGGUUGUGGAGAAGGCAAAGAAAGGAAGGCCGGCAACCUGGUGUAGCUGAAUCCCACACUGACUCUCAGCCCAAAAAGGAAAGUGUUGGACAAGAUGCUCCCAAACCAUCAAGCCCCAAGAAAGCUGCAGAGAUCACUGUGGUCCACGAGACACACUUCUGA